AUCGCAUUAUCAGUGUUACGGUGGCAGCAUCAAGAGUAAGAUGCUGUGCAUACAGCAAAGUGUAGUGAUUGUUUUUGCAUUGCUGUUGAAUCGAUUCAGCAAUGGUGAUCGCACAUUUAUGGCGUACAUGGAGAACGAAUUGAACAGGAAGCAAACGAUGAUGCCCAAUGUACGCGAAUCGUUAGAUGAUUGUCACAUGCGAUACUACAAACACAGUCUGGUGGAAAGUUCUUAUCCCGUCUUCCAAAGGCCUCAUCAAAAGAUGAGCGAUUUUCCUCAUCUAGGCCGUAUUGGUUGGACCGGUACCGAUGGCACGGUCCGUUGGAACUGUAGUGGAACGCUGGUGUGGGAAAACUUCAUACUAACAUCAGCCCGUUGUACAUCGGAUGGCAACUCCAUGGCUCCAGAUGUGGUGAGAUUGGGCGAUCCUGGUAAGAUUCAGGAGAUAAAGAUCGCGGAAGCUGUACGCCAUCCCGAGUAUAGAGAGGGCAUUAUGCAGCACGACAUUGCGCUGUUACGAUUGCAGUCAAAAGUGGAAUUGAGCUCUACAGUUGUUCCGGCAUGUCUUUGGAACAAUGAAGACCUGAAGUUUCACGUUUUCGAUCUGGCAGGAUGGAGUGGCUCAGAUGCAUCAGACGUUGUUAAAGCUCAAGUCCGACCCACACUCGAUGGUUGUGAUCGUAUGCAAAGUACGGGCCUGUGUGUUGAAAGUACUGAAUUGGAUUCAUGUUUGGACGGUGGCUUUCUUCAGGUACCUUUAAAUCACAAUGGAAAGGAAACUCCAUUUGUCGUUGCGAUUGGUGCACCAUCGAAUGUAUCGUGCCAAAAAUCGACUUCCACUCCCUACACAAAGGUUUCGUCCUAUGUUCAGUGGAUUGUUUCAACAAUUCAAGCUAGUGGCGAGCCAGCAUGGGAGUGGAAAUUUAAAGAAGCCGAAUGUGCUCUGCGUUACGUCCAUCUAAGACAGUACCAGAAACAAGUGUUGAUCGAAAAGACGGACACCCUUGACGUGGUGACACCGGCCAGAAGGCGUUUGGAGCCACGAUAUACCGAUGCGAUGGUUGAGAUUCGUUUCGGAGGCUAUUCAGUGAGCCGGGAAGACUGUUAUGGGUUGAUCAUAGACGAGGAUACCGUGCUAACGCUGGCCCAGUGUACCACAAACCAUGGGAAGCGGGCCACGUUUGUAAUGUACAUGGGGAAUGAGCGCAAUACCGUGGUGAAACAUUACAACCAUCCUGGAUAUCGUGAGGGACAAUAUUACAACAACAUUGGACUGCUGAAGGUGAGAAGCCGCUUCGUGUUCUUUGGAUCUUUCGUCCCGUUUUGUAUAUGGCAUGAGAGUGAUCUGGCAGACAGCAUUGUUGAGCUGACCGGGCACGGAAGGCGUGAUCUUAAUUACUUCAGUCUACACAAUGCAUCGGUGGAUGUGUUUGAACCACAAAAUUUCCAGCUGGUAGCACGCGCCAAUGUGCUUCCCAUAAAUAAAUGUUCCUAUCCGGAAGAGUUUUCAAGCAAUCUAUCGAACGGAUUGACUGGAGAGCAUCUGUGCUUUGGCAAUGAAGCCUAUCUGGUGCCAGAAACAUGUCAACAAGCAGCCGGUGGACCAAUCGGAGGGAAGAAGUUCAAGUUCAACAAGCAGUUCCGCUAUGCGUACGCACUGAACUCAUUCGGGCGCGACUGUGGCUUUGGUCGCGCUGCAGUUGGUGUACGCUUGUCGAGCCACAUUGGCUGGUUGCAAUCGGUCCUGCUCCCAGACUACAGGAAAGACAGUGGAUCGGUUCACUUCCUACAUUCGGAGUUGGAGGAGAAUGAUACCUGCCGGCAUGUGGACGGUGCGGCAGGGCUGUGUGUGGAGGCAACCAGAUGUCCCAAGAUACGAUACGAUUUCUCAGCCAACCGACGGGUGGUCUUUUGCCAGACGUCAACCGUUGUUUGCUGUCCGUAUGAGAAUAUGCUGAACGAAACGACUGCCAGUGGUCGGGAGUUGGAUGAGUGUGCGGAUCGCAUCAAGGCCAGUAGUGGAAGCACGAAUGAAGCGCAGUUUGAUUCGGGUUAUAUUAUAGAACCACAUCUUGUUGGAGUCGGUUGGCGUGGAAUUGGAGAUACUAAAGCCCAGUGGAGUUGUAAAGGAACACUCAUAACCUCGAAUGCUGUUCUGGCUAGUGCCAAAUGCUUACAGCAGCAAUCAUUUGCACCUUCUGUGAUUCGACUUGGCUUGUAUGAGGCAGCUCCUGUAGUGAACGUGAAAGAAACUAUUUUACAUCCGGAGUUUGAUGUGGCCAGUGGCAAGAACAAUAUCGCUUUAAUUAAGAUGAGAGAUGCAAUUGAUCGAUCGACAAUAGCGAUACAUCCGGCAUGUCUUUGGAAGAAUCAAACUCAUACGCCGUUCGAAAUGAUUCAGCCUGUGAUAAAUGGUACAACUGACUCGUAUGUCUAUCCUACAGCCAUGUAUAAUAGAGACUGUGAGGCGCUGGAGGAAGGUCUUAGCUCCAACCAGCUGUGUGUUGAUGUGCUGAUUUGUUCGCUAGGGCUGAUUGUGUUGUUUGAACAGAGUAGUGCACUUAUUCCGACUGGGGAUAUGAAGUCUCUCAACGUAAAAAAAGUAAUACUGCCCAACCGAAGAGAAUCUUUAACAGAUUGUCACUACAGAUACUACAAAUAUGGUAAAACAUCGAUGAUAAAACCCGCCUUUGGUCAACCGACGUACCUGCGGGAGUUUGCGCACAUGGCAGCUAUAGGCUGGACGCAGCCCGAUGGCACGAUCACUUGGAACUGCGGCGGUUCGUUGAUAUGGGAGAACUACAUUCUAACUGCGGCGCACUGUGUCGAAGAUGCUCAACAAAAUGCACCAGAUGUGGCACGCUUUGGGGACUUGGAUCUUUUCAACGCUACCGAUGAUCAGUACGCGCAGCAGCUGAAGAUCGUAGAGAUCAUUCGACAUCCCGAGCACCGGCAUCGGAAUCGCUAUCACGAUAUUGCUCUCAUGCGACUGGAGCGUGAGGUGGUGCUACAUGAUACAGUGGCGCCUGCUUGUCUGUGGACUGAUGAUGAGAUACGCUUCAAGCGGUUCGAAGCUACCGGUUGGGGAGAUACAGGCUUUGCUGCUGCAAAAACUCCAAUCCUGCUGAAAGUUGCGCUCAGUCCGGUCGCGAACGAGCAGUGCAAUGAGCAUUAUUCGAACCUUCGAGGUUUGCGGAACGGUUUGCAUGCGAAUCAGCUCUGUGCUGGCGAUGCUCGUAUGGACACAUGUCCGGGUGAUUCUGGAGGACCCCUGCAGGUAAAACUACUACACAACACGCGUGAAACUCCUUUCCUGGUCGGAGUGACUUCAUUUGGAUUGGCGUGCGGUUUGUCCGUUCCCGGAGUGUACACAAGGGUUGCGCCCUAUGUACCCUGGAUAAGGUCCGUGCUGAAAGAUCGCGGAGAAAAUGCGACAGAAUGGAAAUUCCAACCUCAGGCGUGCGCAUUACGCUAUGCCCAGUACCGUGAGUUUGAGCCGCGAGUUUUGCUGCACAAAUCGGAAGAUUCGGAGCAAAUAGAUCUGUCUGAGGCGCAUCUGUUUUCAACGGCAUCCCGACAGCUGGCUGCAAUCCACUGGAACGGAACGGACGAUUCAGAGCAGAAUGACUGCUUCGGGGUGAUCGUCGACGACAGUACGAUCGUGACACUUGCCCGCUGUACAAGGAAGAAUGGCAUGCCUCCCGCUUACGUAAGCUAUCUGGAAAAUGAAAGGAACGCUGUCAUUCGCUCUUACAUACAUCCAAAUUGGAAAGAAGGAUCGCUUUAUGGAGACGUAGGACUUCUGCAACUGAAAGAGCCGUUAAAUAUUUCAUUCCAAUUUCAACCAGCUUGCAUCUGGGAUCGUGCAGACCUUCCUGAGCCGGAGUUUUUUGUUUCUGGCCGUGGGCUGUCCGAGCUUCAUGCUAUUUACGUCGAGGAAGAUGAUUUAGAGACAAGUGCUUCUUUGAACCACAUAAUCAAUGUUCUUGGAGUAGUAAUGCUUCAUAACGGCACCAACUGUACGCAGCAUCGUAACGAGACACCGGCUGAACAUCUCUGCUUCGGAGCCGAACCGUUUCUAGUGCCGGGUACUUGUCACCAAUCUCUGGGUGGGCCGCUAGAGCGUGAGGUGGGGCGUUUCGGUCGUAGCCUACCGUACGUGUACGCGCUGAACCUAGCAGGCCGUGACUGUGGCUACGGUGAAUCGGCACUCGGCGUUCGGUUAGCUUCCCAUCUGGCGUGGUUCAAUUCGAUCCUGUUUCCGCAAAAGAUUGAGGAAGAUCCCGGGGAAGCGUUCAUCUUCCUGAACAAUGAUUUGGAAGAGGGUGACACGUGUGCAGUGGACGGCGUUGGGAUCGGUGUGUGCACAAGUGCCGUGAAUUGUCCGAGAAUGUUAUACCGCUUUCAGCAAAGCCAACCGGUGCGGUUCUGCGGCAGUGGAUCGGUAUUGUGCUGUCCGCGGGAGGACGUACGGAGUGCGCUAGAUGCAGAAUGGCGAGAGAUUGACAGCUGCGCAACGGGACGUAAUGACAUGGGGAAAGAUUUCGACCCAACGCAUCACAUGGUGUCCUUAGAUUGGAGCAAAGGGACAGAAACGGAGUCCUGCAUUGCAACAAUGAUUAGCAACAGAACGUUUGUGACCGCUGCCAGCUGUCUGGAAGGGAAGGGCACGCUCGAAUACGUAACGCUAGAUAAUAGUGAGCUUCAAAUGAUUGUCUUGAUGGUGGUUGAGAAGGUAACAGUCCAUCCAGAGUACGACAGUACUACGAAACGCCACAACAUUGCACUGAUAACGGUCCUGAACCGCACCGAAGCAGUGUUCGGCAAUAGUCCGAUCUGUUUGUGGAGCAACCAAACGCACACGCCGUUUUACCUGGAACAAGUUGGACUAACAGAAGAAUCGACGCUAGGUCCAGCACUUGCAUUCACAAAAUUUAACAGUGAUUGUGACCGGACGUUUCGGAGAACGUUGGACGAACACGAAUUAUGCGUAGAUGUGGAACAACUGCCAUACAUGGACACGGUUGAGCUAGAUGAAGGCAUGCCGGCUUUCUGGAAAGGACGCGGUACGGGAAACUAUCUCGUUGGAAUAGCGAGCCACAGUGCACCGAACGAUAAUAGUGUGUUUCUGCACACGCGCAUUGCACCAUACGUGGGAUGGAUUAAGAGUGUUUUGUGAUAAAUAAAAGCAAAACAGCAACAACA